GACGUGUCCCACCCCCCACCACAGUCGGUGUCAGGAUGUGGUUCUGGUCCCGGGACCCGGCCCGUGAUUUCCCCUAUGAUAUUAUUGGGGAGAGAGAGGAGUUACCGGGAGGAUGGGGCAUCCAGAAAGGAAAAAAGAAGGUCGGUGGAGAUGCAGUGUCUGUGUUCACAUACGAGAUACAACCAAGUGCAGAAGAGCAGACGCAAGCAGCCAGAACUGCUUUGAAACGGAUCAAGACCCUGAGACACCCCAAUAUUUUAUCAUAUGUGGAUGGAUUGGAGACUGACAAAUGUGUAUACAUAGUGACUGAGCCAGUGACCCAGCUUGAAACAUACAUGAAGUCUAGGACUGAUUCAGGGGGAGUCAGUGAGUUGGAGAUCUCAUGGGGCCUUCAUCAGAUAGUGAAAGCACUAAGUUUUUUGGUGAACGAUGGUAACCUAAUUCACAAUAAUGUCUGUAUGUCGGCUGUGUAUGUGGACCGUGCUGGGGAAUGGAAGCUGGGUGGUCUUGAGUAUAUGUACCCAGCUGGAGCAGAGGAAACAGCCCCCAGAAAGAUCAGUGAGCUGGAGAAAUAUGACCCCCCAGAAAAGACAGAGCGAUCCAAGAGUUCCAAGGAAAAGUGGUCAGCUGAUAUGUGGUGCCUUGGCUGCUUAAUCUGGGAGGUGUUUAAUGGUCCUCUUCCACGCCCCACAUCUCUCCGAUCCCUUGGAAAGAUCCCCAAGACACUGGUGCCUCACUACUGUGAGCUGGUUGGAGCAAACCCCAAAGCCCGUCCCAAUCCAGCACGCUUCCUCCUGAACUGCCGCUCCCCAGGAGGGUUCCUCAGCAACAGUUUUGUGGAAACCAAUCUCUUCCUGGAAGAGAUUCAGAUAAAAGAUCCCACAGAGCGACAGACAUUUUUUGGACAGCUCAGUGAAAACCUGGACACAUUCCCAGAGGAUUUUUGUCGUCAUAAAAUCCUUCCCCAAUUGCUGACAGCGUUUGAAUUUGGCAGUGCUGGUGCAGUUAUCCUGACUCCCUUAUUUAAGAUCGGGAAGUUUCUUAAUGCUGAUGAAUAUCAACAAAAGAUAAUUCCAGUCAUUGUUAAAAUGUUCUCCUCUACAGACCGCGCCAUGAGGAUACGACUUCUUCAGCAGAUGGAGAAUUUUAUUCAGUAUCUGAAUGAACCUACUGUGAACACACAAAUUUUCCCACAUGUAGUCCAUGGAUUUAUGGAUACCAACCCUGCGAUCCGGGAACAGACAGUGAAGUCCAUGUUGCUCUUGGCUCCUAAGUUAAAUGAAAAUAAUCUUAAUGUGGAGCUUAUGAAGCAUUUCGCUAGGCUACAGGCACGAGACGACCAGGGACCUAUUCGUUGUAACACAACUGUGUGUUUAGGCAAGAUUGCACCUUAUCUCAAUCCCACGACGCGGCAGAGGGUUUUGAUAUCCGCGUUCUGCAGAGCUACGAAGGAUCCAUUUGCACCUUCCCGUGCAGCCGGUGUGCUUGGUUUUGCUGCUACACAUAACUUUUAUUCUAUGACAGACUGUGCUGCAAAGAUCCUACCUGUACUAUGCGGGGUCACUGUGGAUCCAGAGAAGAGUGUUAGAGACCAGGCAUUUAAAGCAAUCAGAACCUUUCUGGAUAAGUUAGAGUCUGUGUCAGAGGAUCCAACGCAGUUAGCAGAACUUGAGAAAGAUGUACAUGCUGCUUCAGUUAAUCCUGGUAUUGUAGGCGGAUGGGCUGGCUGGGCAGUCACAGGUGUCUCAUCCUUGACAUCCAAAUUCAUCCGCACAAGUCCAACAGGAGGUCAGGAACCACCACCACCAGCAGCAGCAACAGCACCUGCAUCCACUCCCGUACCUUCCACAGCAAGCAAACCAGAGUCUGCCCCUUCACCAGUCAUUCCUCCUCCCUCAACCAAAACAUACGAUAAUGAUGAUAAUGAAGAAGAGGAGGAAGAAAAGGAUGAGCUAGAGGACAGUCCUUUAGAUCGAUGGGAUGAUGAAGACUGGGGUAGCCUAGAGGAUUCUGCACAGAACAAGGGGCAGCCCGAAGCUGAUGACUGGGACACCGGAUGGGGCAGUACCUCUAAUAAAAAGACGCAGGAAAAACCAUCCACACUUCCGUCGUCCAGAAGCAAAUCCGAACAGUUCACACAUCAGAAGCAACCUGAUACUAGGCCGUCAGCACCUGACGAUGGUUGGGGGUGGGAUGAUGCUUUUCAUACCAUGCCUUCAACAAAAUCUAAAGCUCUACUCCCUGAAGGCACAAGACCUGCCAGUGAAUAUAACUGGGACAGUGCUGGAGGUGGAGGUAAACAUGUGGAGUUCUUUGCAGCAACAGAACAGAAAGAUUCUGAUGCAGUUGGGGACUGGGGUGGUGAGGACAACUGGGAGUCUGUAGAAGCUGAUCAGGGUUUAAGUAAAGCUGAAAUUGCACGUAAAAAAAGAGAAGAACGUCAACGAGAAAUGGAAGCUAAGAGGGCAGAACGGAGGGCAGCAAAGGGGCCCUUAAAACUGGGAGUGAGGAAGUUGGACUGAAAGGAGCAGAAGGAUGGUAGCAUCACCAUCCCAAUAAGCUGUAACAUUUUCCAUAAAGAAGAGAGAACCAGACCAGAUUCAGAUUUCAUAAUAUUUAUGCUGUAUAAAGUUCUUCCAUACCAUGCUGUAUAUUAACAGCGCAAGAAUAAAAUAUCAUUUUCCAAACCACAA